GCUCCCGGGAGCCCCGCAAACCCCGCUCCGCCCGCGCCCCGCACAGCACCGAGGCUCCCGGCCCGGUCCGCCCCGCUGCCCCUCCCCGGGGCCAUGGGGGCACCCCCGGGCUACCGACCCUCUGCCUGGGUGCAUCUCCUCCACCAGCUGCCUCGCGCCGACUUCCAGCUCCGCCCGGUGCCCAGCGGCUUUGCUCCCCGCGACCAAGAGUACCAGCAGGCUCUGCUGCUGGUGGCAGCCUUGGCUGGGCUGGGUUUGGGCCUCAGCCUCAUCUUCAUCGCUGUCUACCUCAUCCGCUUCUGCUGCUGCAGGCCUCCAGAACCCCCUGGGGCCAAGAGUCCCCCACCUGGAGGAGGCUGUGUCACCUGGAGCUGCAUCGCUGCCCUUCUCGUGGGCUGUGCAGGCAUUGGCAUUGGUUUCUAUGGUAACAGCGAGACCAGCGAUGGGGUGUCCCAGCUCAGCUCAGCACUGCUGCACGCCAACCACACGCUCAGCACCAUUGAUGACUUGGUGCUGGAAACGGUAGAGAGGCUGGGUGAGGCCGUGAGGUCGGAGCUGACCACCCUGGAAGAAGUGCUAUCAGAACGCAUGGAGUUGGUGGCUGCCACCAGGGGAGCCCGAAGGCAGGCUGAGGCUGCAGCUCAGCACUUGCAAGGACUAGCCUUCUGGCAAGGAGUGUCCCUGAACCCAGUACAGGUGGCUGAAGAUGUGACUUUCGUGGAGGAGUACAGGUGGCUGGCCUAUGUCCUCCUGCUGCUCUUGGUGCUUCUGGUUUGUCUCUUCACCCUCCUGGGCCUGGCAAAGCAGAGCAAAUGGCUGGUGGUUGUGAUGACUGCCAUGAGUCUCCUGGUGCUUGUUCUGAGUUGGGGUUCUAUGGGCCUAGAGGCUGCCACAGCUGUGGGCCUCAGUGACUUCUGCUCCAACCCAGACACCUAUGUGCUGAACCUGACCCAGGAGGAGACAGGGCUCAGCUCAGACAUCGUCAACUAUUAUUUCCUGUGCAACCAGGCGGUCUCCAACCCCUUCCAACAGAGGCUGACUCUGUCCCAGCGUGCUCUAGCCAGCAUCCACUCUCAGCUACAGGGCCUGGAGCGGGAAGCUAUUCCUCAAUUUUCUGCUGCACAGAAGCCCUUGUUAUCCUUGGAGGAGACGCUGAAUGUGACCGAAAGAAGCUUCCACCAGUUGGUGGCGCUGCUGCACUGCCGCAGUUUGCACAAGGACUAUGGCUCAGCACUCCGAGGCCUGUGUGAAGAUGCCCUGGAGGGCCUGCUGUUCCUGAUGCUCUUUUCUCUCCUGUCUGCGGGGGCCCUGGCCACUACUCUGUGUAGCCUGCCCCGUGCCUGGGCCCUCUUCCCGCCCAGUGAUGACUACGAUGACACAGAUGACGACGACCCUUUCAACCCUCAGGAAUCCAAGCGCUUUGUGCAGUGGCAGUCUUCCAUCUGAGCCUCCCCUCCAGUCUGGAGCCUGCCUCUCCUCUGUGGCUCAGCACCGCACUGCUUCUCAAAGUAUCGUGUGAAUGCUGACAAAGGGGAAGAAGCCGAUUCCAGAAGAGAAUAAGCCCAGCACUAAAUCUAAACAGACGUGCAACGUGC